AUAUUAGUAGAAUAGAAACCAAAAACAGCACGCUGGUCAUCCACAGCACGCUGUUUUAGAUACGCCAAAACUCUCUCUCAGACAGAAACCAAAAAAAUGCAGAUUUUCGUGAAAACCCUAACUGGAAAGACCAUCACUCUUGAGGUUGAGAGCAGUGACACCAUCGACAAUGUCAAAGCCAAGAUCCAGGAUAAGGAAGGCAUCCCUCCUGACCAACAAAGAUUGAUUUUUGCUGGUAAGCAAUUGGAAGAUGGUCGAACUCUUGCAGAUUAUAACAUCCAAAAGGAGUCAACGCUUCACUUGGUUUUGAGGCUGAGGGGAGGAACUAUGAUUAAGGUGAAGACUCUUACUGGGAAAGAAAUUGAGAUUGACAUUGAACCAAAUGAUACCAUUGACCGGAUCAAGGAAAGGGUUGAGGAGAAAGAGGGAAUCCCCCCUGUGCAACAAAGGCUUAUUUAUGCUGGGAAGCAGCUUGGAGAUGACAAAACAGCUAAGGACUACAACAUUGAAGGUGGCUCUGUCCUUCAUCUGGUGCUUGCUCUAAGGGGUGGCAAUCUUUAAGUAUAUUAAUCAGUUUCAAGCUCAGAGCUACCUUUCGAGCAUAGGCCCAAUGGGCGAUGGUUUCAAAUCCGGGGAGGGCCUAAAAAUAUUUUAUUUGUAUUUGUGGAAAAUAUUAGAAAAGCCCAAAAAGAUAUGUUUGUGAGUGUAAAGAGGCCCAAAAAGUUAAAAGGUCAAAUAUAAUCAAGCUCAGAUUCAUCUGUUCUGACUUCAAUCGUCCGGCUCUGUGGUUUCUUUCUUCUAUUGACGUCUUCAAAGUUUAAACUUUU